UCUGAAGCCUUUAAAACGCAGAGAGCAGGACAGGUGCGCUUUACAGCACAGCUUGCAUCCCAGUCGAGUUCAGCUAUGUACUCCCGGGCCCAAGACGCAGCAGAGAUGGCCCAGAGCGUGGUUCUGAUUACAGGCUGCUCCUCGGGGAUCGGACUGGCCAUGGCUGUCAAACUGGCCAAGGACCCCCAGCAACGUUUCAAAGUCGUCGCCACCAUGCGGAACCUGGAGAGGCGCGGACCUCUGGAGGAGGCGGCGGGGGAGGAGCUGGGCCAAACGCUGGAGAUCAAGCAGCUGGAUGUGUGCGACGCGGCCUCCAUCCACGCCUGCGUGGAGAGCCUGCCCGACCGGCACAUCGACGUCGUGGUCAACAACGCUGGGGUCGGCAUGAUCGGGCCCAUCGAGUGCCAGAGCAUCGAGGAGAUGAAGGCCGUGUUCGACACCAACUUCUUCGGGGCGGUGCGGGUGAUCAAGGAGGUGUACCCCGACAUGAAGAAGAGGCGCAGUGGGCACAUCGUGGUCAUCAGCAGCGUGAUGGGGCUGCAGGGCAUCAUGUUUAAUGACGUCUACACUGCCUCUAAAUUCGCCAUUGAAGGCUUCUGUGAAAGCCUGGUUAUUCAGGCGCUCAAAUUCAAUGUCUUCAUCAGCCUGAUCGAACCGGGCCCCGUGGUGACGGAGUUCGAGGCCAAGCUGUACGAGGACGCCGAGCACGGCGACUACUCCAGCACUGACCCCGACACGGCCGAGAUGUUCACCAACAUGUACCUCAACAACUCCAAGGUCAUCUUCAACAGCAUCGGGCAGAGCCCCGAGGAAAUCGCAGAGCACCUCCUGAAGGUUCUGACGGCGGAGUUGCCCCCAUUCCGUCACCAGACCAACGCCAUGUACACCCCCCUGACCGCGCUCAAGCACAUCGACCCCACGGGGAACAUGGCCACUGACGCCUUCUACAAGAUGGUCUUCCAGUACGACCGCGUCAUGAAGGCCAGCCUCAUGUGCCUCAAGAUGCUGAGAUGGAAGGCGCAGAAACUGAACAACGGCAUGAAGAUGCUCGGGCUCAAGUGAGAGGUUCUCUCUCUGCGUCUUCCCGGACCCCCUCCUCCCUCGGGCCACCCCCAGGUAACCAGCAAACACCCAACACUGGGACGACACAGCCCACAGCGCUCGUCUCAGCCGCUGCCGAGAGGUUACAGCUGAACCUGCCGUCACUGUGUUGAUACAACAACAACAACAACAACAA